UCUGGACAAUAACAUGAAAUGGCAGGGACUUCAUCUCUCCACUACUGCUGUUGACACCUUUUGAAAUAUGUCCCUCUGUCCACAUGUAGGAAGGUCCUUCAGCCCUGCCCAGGUCCCAUUAACGAGUCCAGCUUUCAACAGAACCUACAGUUCUCGUAAUUUAGCCAGCCGUGCUGUCCAGCGCAGCAUUGCCAUAAUCAGAAAUGCUCGUCAGAAGAAGCAGCCGAAGCAGUACUGCAUGUACUACAACCGCUUCGGCAAGUGUAACCGUGGCGACAGCUGUCCCUACAUCCACGACCCGGACAAGGUUGCCGUCUGCACCAGGUUUCUCCGGGGGACGUGCAAACUGGCUGACGGCUCCUGCCCAUUCUCCCAUAAGGUGGCAAAGGAAAAGAUGCCGGUGUGUUCCUACUUCCUGAAGGGAAUCUGUAACAACAGCGACUGUCCCUACAGCCACGUCUACGUGUCCCGAAAAGCCGAAGUGUGUGAGGACUUUGUGAAAGGCUACUGUCCUGAAGGAGAGAAGUGUAAGAAGAAACACACUCUGGUGUGUCCGGACUUCUCUAAGUCGGGAUCCUGCCCUCGAGGAGCCCGCUGCAAACUCCAGCACCGCCAACGAGCCAAGAGAAGUGCAAGCAACACCUCCAGCACCGCAGCCAAGAGAGGCCGGAACAAGGAGCCGGCUAAGAGGCCCCGCCUGUCUGUGGUCAUCCCUCAGGACUCUCAGGCAGAUCCAGGGACGCCCACCAAAGGUCCUCUGGCACUGCCCUCUUUCAUCUCCCUCUCCAGCUCUCCAGAGGAUGCAGACGCCCCGGUCACGCUGCUGUCUGAGACCUCACAGGUUAAAGAGAAAAGGCUGCAGAUCAAGCCUCGGCUGUGAGAAAAAGAGAAAAGACGCACCAGAGGUAAAAUAAAGACUCAGCAAUGAUUUCUGUGCUCAAGGCUUGUCCUGACGGGUGUAUCUGUGUCUCUGUCCUAUGAAUUCACUCAGGGCCUGAAAGUUUUUUUUUUAAUAUAUAUCUAUCUGUUUUACAUAUCAAUUUGGGUGUUUUACAGUGCAGAUUUUAUUGAUCAAGUUUUGUACAUUUCAAAAAAGACUAAAUAAAAGGUGAACUCGUAA